AUGGAAAGUCGAUACGUAACCACAUGCAGACAUAUGGGAGACAACUACCAACAGAACACUCAAAAUCAAAAGGAGGAGGAUGAAAAACUAAUAAUAGCAGGGGACUGUUUAAGAGCUACGGCCAGCAACUGGUUCUCAACUAUAAGAUUUCAAAUAAACAACUUCCGAGAAUUCCAAGAGACAUUUAAAGACGAAUAUUGGUCAAGGGACAUCCAAAUGCAAACGUGGAGCCAAUGUCUCGGUAUAAAACAAGUACCUAACGAAGCAAGCUAUCGGGAACAUUUUUCGUAUUGGGCGACCAAGCUAAGGCAUCUCGAAGUACCGAGACUAGCGGAACAAGAAAUUGUAAGCAGUAUUGCCGGCCAUUACCCAGGAUAUUUAAGGGCAAUAUUAAUAUCACUACCGGAGUGUACAAUACUCAAUGCAAUGAAAAUAUUGGGUACAGAGGAACACCGGAACAACAAUAAUAAUUAUAAUAACCGACUACCACAAAACAGGGAAAACAACAACAACAAUCAAAAUAGAACAAGAGAAGACCCCCCACGAAGGGAAGGCAAUUGGCGAAACACAGGAAGAAACGAACAAACAAGAGAAUACCAAAUUCCGAGAAAUACACAAGAAUCGGAUAACACACAAUGGCGAGAUAGACAAGCAAUUAAUCAAAUUAAUGCGACUGAAGCGAGUAGUGACACCGACGAUGAAAGUCAAGUUAACCAUACGGUUAAUAACAUACAAGCGAGUAACGUAUCGGUGAGCCCGUAUUUGAGUUGUAUGAUUGAAGGAGGAGCAAUACAAGCCCUAGGUUGA